CUGAAAAGUGCAGGCCUCCUCCCCCUGCAGAAUGACUGUUGCCACAGGCGACCCCUCUGACGAGGCGGCUGCACACCCGGGGCACCCGCAGGACUAUGACCCAGAGGCCGACCAUGAGUGUUGUGAGAGGGUGGUCAUCAACAUCUCAGGGCUGCGCUUUGAGACACAACUCAAAACUCUCUCGCAGUUCCCAGAGACUCUGCUGGGAGACCCCAAAAAGAGGAUGCGGUACUUUGACCCGCUGAGGAACGAGUACUUUUUUGACAGGAACAGACCCAGCUUUGACGCCAUAUUGUAUUAUUACCAAUCAGGGGGCCGACUAAGAAGGCCAGUCAAUGUCACUCUCGAUAUUUUCUCAGAGGAGAUUCGCUUUUAUGAGCUGGGUGAGGAGGCCAUCGAGAUGUUCAGAGAAGAUGAGGGUUUCAUUAAGGAGGAAGAGCGGCCCCUUCCUGACAAUGAGUUUCAGAGACAGGUGUGGCUGCUGUUCGAGUACCCAGAGAGCUCAGGUCCUGCUAGGAUUAUUGCCAUAAUCUCUGUCAUGGUCAUUCUGAUAUCUAUAGUCAGUUUCUGCUUGGAGACCCUCCCCAUUUUCCGUAAUGAUGAGGAGGAAAUGCACAAGUCUCAUGCGGAAGUCUUUUCACCUGAGACCAACACCACAAUCAUCAGCUACACAUCCACUUACUUCACUGACCCCUUCUUUAUUCUGGAGACUCUUUGCAUUAUAUGGUUCUCCUUUGAGUUCCUGGUGCGCUUCUUUGCCUGCCCUAGCAAAGCAGGCUUUUUUGGUAAUAUAAUGAACAUUAUUGAUAUUGUUGCCAUCAUCCCUUACUUCAUCACUCUUGGCACAGAGCUAGCAGACAGUCCAGAUGAUGGUCAAGCUGGUCAGCAAGCCAUGUCUUUAGCCAUUCUCAGGGUCAUCCGCUUAGUACGAGUCUUCAGAAUUUUCAAGCUCUCUCGUCACUCCAAGGGGCUUCAGAUUUUGGGUCAGACCCUGAAAGCCAGCAUGAGAGAGCUCGGCCUGCUCAUUUUCUUCCUCUUCAUAGGGGUUAUCCUUUUCUCUAGUGCUGUCUACUUUGCUGAGGCAGAUGAGCCCGAGUCGCAGUUCGAAAGCAUCCCUGAUGCGUUUUGGUGGGCUGUGGUGUCCAUGACAACAGUCGGCUAUGGUGAUAUGGUUCCAACUACCAUUGGUGGCAAGAUUGUGGGUUCCCUCUGUGCCAUUGCAGGUGUGCUGACCAUUGCCUUGCCUGUGCCUGUCAUUGUGUCCAACUUCAACUACUUCUAUCACCGUGAGACUGAAGGUGAAGAACAAGCGCAGUACCUGCAGGUGAACGUGCCCAAAGCCGAUUCAGCAGAGGAGCUGAAGAAGAGCCGGAGCGGCUCCACCAUCAGUAAAUCGGACUAUAUGGAGAUCCAGGAGGCUGUGAACAACAGCAAUGAGGACUUUCAGGAGGAGAACCUCAAGACAGCCAACUGCACUCUGGCCAACACAAACUAUGUAAACAUCACCAAAAUGCUCACAGACGUGUAGUCAUCUGCUGGUUUCCUCCCCGUGAUAGCGGGAAAUUUGGAGCUGAGAAACUGGACGGGACAGGUGUACAGCCUCCCACCUCACGUGUGCUGGAAAAAUUAAGGCAAUAGAAUUCAGGAUGUUGAUGAGGAUGAUGAUGACGAUAGACAGUGGGAAAAAAAUGAUUAACAUAGACCAUUCACUCACUCUGCGCUCAUCCUGUCUUCACUCUGUACAAUUUGCCCUUAAAACUCCUGAUUAAUGUUAAACAGAGUGAAAUUUCAAAUUUUGUAUUUCUGCAUGGAGUUGGCUUUGUCUGUGUGGCUGUUUAAAAAAAAAAAAAAAAGAUAAUACCUAAAAAUUUCCUGCUCACAACAGUAGCCAACAGUAGUGCACAAUAAGAAAAGAAAAAGGGAGAAAACACUGCAAGAUAAAAAUUAAUUAUUGCUUAAAAGAAAGCAACACAACACAAGCCCUGCUUUAGCCCUUGUACCCUGGUCCCUCAUUUCCCAAGGCACACUGCUCUGCCAUGCGCUUUCUGAAGAGCCCUACUUGCGCGCUACAUAUGCUGCUUCCUGGAGCCAAUGAAAACAAAACUGUCUUACGCUACACCAUUUAGAGAUAAGAGGAUGUGUGAGCAUAAAGCAAGCUCACUCCAGAGCUGAUAUGGCCUGUGGGUGACUUGUGACGAGGUUGGUGGUUAAGUACACCACGUUAUUUCAAGGAUGAAUGACAGCCAUCAGCGCUAAGCUUAUGGUUCGACACCUUCUUUUCCCAGUAGACAUCAGUAUCUGAUGAAUGACUGAGAAUGGCCUUGACUUUUCACUGCUUUGGUCUUACAUGUACUGUAUGUAUUGCAAUGCAAGCUUUCCCCCUUCCAUUCACCCAAACUGGUCUUACUGCAGAGCUUUGAGGACAGCUUGAAUGUUUCUUCUUGUUUUGUUUGAUUUUCACGGUUUCUCACACAUGGUACUUAUUCAUAUAGAUAGGUAGGUUAACUGUGACUUAACUGAUAGCCGGUAGGUAGGUGCUGUUAGUAGUAAAUGUAGUCAGUAGAUUAUUGCAUGACAUUUUUAUCUGAAUGAGAAUUUCCACUUGUUUCUCAACUGCCACUUGCUUCAUAACACCACUGUAUAUUUGUCUGUACACUGCCUUCUAUAUGAAUCCACACUUUUAAAAGUAUGCCUGCAGGUAGCUGUUUCAAAAACCUAAAGCUGUAUGUUAGAGGAUUUCUUAAGGAAUAAUCAUAAGGCCAAGUCCUACGCUUGGUAGGAUGCGGUGUCCUCGUCAAUAUUAACAUUCCAUGUAGACGUCAUUGCUGUUAAACUUUUGCUGCAGCUGACCUGUGACUUCAGGCAUAAACUCACACUCUAGUUUUGGACAUUAAUCCCAGUUGCAGAUGUGAUAGACUUGCAGUGCCGUCUUUUUCACAGGUUUGUCACAUGAUCACGUCCUCAUGAUCAAAAUAGCAACUUUUAAGGACUCGUGUAUAGAAUAAUGCUUCCCCUGAACUGCCUUUUAUCUGGGUUUACGCUACUCUCCUAGUGUUGCAUGACCUCAAAAACAUUCCUAGAAGCAUGCAUUUAAGCUCAAAGAAGAAGCCUCUGAGACAAAAAAGUAUAAUUAUUACAAUAGAUAUUUAUUUCUUAUCUAUAUAUAUAUACAUAUAUAAAUAUAAAAAUAUAUGUAUACAGACAGAACAUAUAUACAGUACACAUAUACUUUUAUCAGAGAAUUAAAAAACAACUUUAAAUAGCAAUGUUUAAAAGAAAGUGAGAGCCUUUCCACAAUGCGCAGGUCAUUGCCAUGGUUUUAUUUUUAAUGAUAAUAACUGUUCUGAGCACUGUUCUAUGUUCGCCUGUUUUAGAGCCUGUUCAGAGUGCCAAAGACACACUCUUAUCAGCCAUUUCAAAAGCAUUUUCUUUACUGGUGAGUUUUCCAGCAAACCUGACACAUGUCCUGGAUUUAAAUACUAGAAGUUUGCUUCACUCAGUUCAAAACUGCCAUCUGCAAAGUAGUUGUUGAAAGGCAUGGCGUUAUUCAAAACUGUAUCAUCCCUAACUAGAUUCUUAUAUCAAAAAGCUUUUAUUGGCACUAAACUGGCCAGAAUUUAAAUGGAGUCUGGCUAUCCCCAGAGAAGUCUUUGAUGCCAGAAGCUCAAUCUGUCUUUAAAAGUUGGCAUCAAAUGUGAAUUAGGUUCUAAUUCUAGGAUUGUGUCCAGCUGAGAUUUUCCACUGUUUGCUUAACACUGCCAAGGUAACAGUCAAAGGCAGUAACAUCAAUAUGGGAAGUGAUAAUUAGCAGCAGUGUAGCAGAUAUUGGCUAACCUAGGGGUCCUCUGACUUCACUCCUGAGUCUCUUGCCUUUCUUCAUCUUUUCAUAGAUGUCUUAGGUAAUUAGAAAGGUGACGGAUUAGGAGGAGGUCUGUAGCAAGAACUGUCUCAAUGAAUUCUGUCAUGCCAGGAUGUACAUUUUAUUCUUAGGGUUUCGUUCUGCUCACUACAGUCUUUAAUCUGCAGUAGCACAAUGUUUUUACGCCAUCGCUGCCAAUAUGUGCUCAGGAUGCCUCGUCCAACUGCCUGACAUGAGGCUUCUGAAGUCGUCUCUCUGUCUAAAUCUGUGUUUGUUUUCACGUAUCUUAAAAAGAUUUUUAGAAAAAAUUUAGUAGAUAAACUGGAACAGUUAUAUUUGUUGCGUUCCCAAGGGUAGCAUGAAGGUGGAUUGACACAUUAAAACGGACAGUAACUUGAGGUAGAUCCAGAUUAAAUAGCUGUUUAGCAAUAUUCCCAUAGUCUUUUGGUGGAGGGGGUCUGUUUGGAGAACAUGUUUUUUGUUUUGUUUUAUUUUUCAAAAAAAAGAAGAAGAAAAAAAAGAAUGAACCUUUAUGGACCUCCACAGUCCAACCAAGAUCUUAUUGAUCAUCAGUUGAGUAUUGAUGUGGGUGAGCUGAUGCAGAGCUAUGUAGGAGUGUGUACAUGUGUGUGUAUAUGUGUGUGUAUGGGAGAGAGAAAGAGAGAGAACCGCUGAAUGUAAGUGUCUUCGCCUGGUUGUACAGCUGCAUUUAUGCAACAGCCAUUUGCAUAUCUGUAUAAAAAACACUCACAGUCUGACCAAAAAUAUUUGUCUAUGCAUGCAAAUGCAUUGUAUCUUUUUGUCUUCAUUCCUGUCCUUUGGACAGAUAUUGAUGUUAAAUGUUGCAGAUACAUGUUAACAUUUAUCUGUUAUGUUUUAAAUUGGGCACAUUACUGUACCUCAGCCAAAUUCACUGUAGCAGCUUAUAUACUAGAAAACACAGUGUCGUAGUUGAUGAUUAUUUCUGCUUAAAGCACAAAGACGAGUAGAAUCAUCCUCAUCUGUAUACCCACAGAUUUAAUCUGUAAAAUGUUUUUAUUCAGUGGAAGCAAAGUCAAUUAAAAACAAUCCCGUAUCACUUUAUAGGGAGCACCACAGCCUCUAAAAAAUAUCAUCUCUCACCUGCUGAGGGACCCACCAGCAAAUCCACUCCAUGAGAAGGGUGCCCAACAGUGAAUACACUGAGAAAUCUAUGCAGAGAAUGAUUAUUAGCUGGUAGUUUUGGUGGGAAAACGAAGGUUUAAGCACAGAUUUUUGUGUUUUAUUUGGCACUAAUUACACAUUGAUCCUGAGAGCUGGCAGAGCGUUUGAAACAAACCUUUAAGCAAAAGUCAAACACUUUGCAAUAUUCUGCUGCUGUACGUCACUCAACACUUGCACGUUAGCUGAAUGUGAAUAUGAGCUUUCUGAGCUUUGGGUUUGUUUGAACUGCAGUGUCAGCUCUUUGAGACAGGGCUCCUACAUGAAAAAAAGGGAAAAAAAGAAAAAACCCUCAUACAUACGGGGAACAAGAUGAUCAAUAUGCAAUCUGUAUGCAUGUGUGUGUUUGAGAAAGACCUUUCUUUUAUUUAUUUAUUUUUUGACCCCAGAGCCUGAUCGUGUGGCAUCCACUGAAACAAUAUGUACAGUUGUUCACCUCACCCCCCCUCCCCCGGUAUCAUAGAGGCCUGAAAACAUCCAUCAAUGUUGGUACAAUGGAUAAUGGAUUUUCUUUCUAUGAAAUGAAAUGUGAGAGAAUAAUGUAAAUAAUAACCAACAGAUGAUGGAGCAAAAACCAUGUACUAUAUACUGUAUGUGAAGUCUGGAUUUAAAAAUGUAGUAUUAUCUGCACUUUACAAGACAAAAAGGACAAUCUAUGGACAAGGAAAAAACAUGUGACAUUUAAAAAAAUGCAUAUAAUCCUUCCAAAUGAUCAUAACCCUGACAAAGUAAUAUCAAUAAUGAAGCCAAUAAUAAUUCAACUGAAA